UGCGACUGACAUUUUGUAGUUAUCGUUAUCGGUCGAUUAUUGAAUUAUUUACCCGAGAUAAAACUGCGGAAAAUACGAAGUAAACAAGGAAUACAUUGAGGACUAAUCAUGAGCGAAAUGCUGGACGAGGAUUUGGAAUUCCGCGGGGGUACUUUGCAGCUAUCAACGGACAACGCUGCGAUGGAAAAUUCGGAUAACACGCAGAAUAACGCAGCAGUGAAUUCUAAUAAGAAUAAGCUGAAACCGAAUUCCCAUCCAUCGGUUUUGUCUGGUGCUGACUCCUUGUCCUCAUCUACGUCAUCCUUUACAGCAGAUGCAAGAACAGAAGAGCAAGCGAAUGCAUCAGCAGCCCCGUUGGAGUCACAGCCUGUGUACCCUCGAUAUGAUGUGCCCUUCAACCGGGAGAACAUUCAGGACUUCUUCACGUUCCGCAAAGGGGUUGUAGAAGCUGCUAUCCAAGAAUGCAUCACUGUUUUGCUGUUUCCUGAGGACGGUGAAUAUUUAGGAUCCUGGCUGUUAACAGAAAUAACGCUAUGGGACAAUGAGAAGGAACGCAUCGUUCUCCUGACGUCGCGCCUGGUAAUGACUAUCAAGUACGACUUCAUUGCCAUGAAGCAGCUGGACUUCAAGAAAACAUACCUCGACGACUUGGACACCAUUGUUAUUGGGGAAAUGGUGUACCCACCAUCUUCUUUAGUACCCCGACUCAACGGCAUAGCGACAGGCGUCACGACCGUGGUGAAAGACGUCGUUAUAGACCGCCUGUGCCGGCGGCCUAGCAACUCCGACGAACACUCUAAACUGUUCGAUCCCAAGUAUUUUCAACCUAGAGAGCGCAACCUGCGGGGUGUCAGGCUGAUGUGGAACAAGGGGGAGCCUCUGCCGCUGAAGACAGUCUGGAACCCAUUCAGCCAAGACGUACCCUUCAUCACUUUCGCUUCACAUCCUAUUUAUUGGCAUAAAGACGGCGACGCAGAAGAAAGAGCAACAUUCGACAUGGAGAUCUUCGCUCAGAAGAUCCAGCGGGCUAUCGAAGCGAUGCCCUCAUCCGCCUGCUGUAUACACCACUCCCCAAUCGUCAUACAAAGCUAUGUUGGUGUCACCUCGCUACUGCACAACAAAACAAGCAUGGGUUUCUUCAAGGUCAGAGGAAAAUUCAGCUUUUAAUAGCAACCACGACCUAGAUAUUAUAGGCAAUUCAUACGGAUAUUGAAAUGUUGCGUGGGGUUAUAAAUGUACUUUGAUUAGGCAAGUUUCCAACUAGUCAAAUCAGUUACCUUUUACAAAUACAAAACUUUAUUGCACCAAAAUAAAAGAAAAUAGUUAUAAAAGUGACUUAACGAGGUACGGUCACGAGUACUAGGGGGGUCAAAAAGGCCACAUCAAAGCAAUACACAUACAUACAUACAUAAACUCACGCCCGUUAUCCCUAAUGGGGUGGGCAGAGCCACAAGUAAUCAAAGACAACUUGCAGCCACUGUUGAUACGAUGUCGUAAGCUGGAUAUGAUGAACCUUAUGGUGAUAAGGGAUCAGCCUAUCGCCCAUAACAUUAGCAAACCAUACCAUACCAUUAUCAAAGCAAUACAUCUAAAAAAGAAAUAUUGCUAUUUGACAUUCGCGCAUAUAAAAGUAAGUGCGUAAUACAAAGAAAUGCUUCGAUGUGGACAUUUUAACCCCCCUAAUUAUUAUGUAUACACUAUGAUACCAUGUCACAUUAACUUUUUUGACAAAUUCAACCGUAAGUCGACAGGGUUCUAAGCUGGAUACAUGAUAUUACUCAUGAGUACUCAUGACUGUACGUGGCAAGUGUGCGCCCAAUUAAACGAAAAAUUGGGCAAAACAUUAAAUUACUAUAGAAUUUGUAUGAAAAACCACAGUGAGGUCAAAGAAAAACGUGAUAAAAUGUGGAAUCUAUUUUAACGUUCUAUUUUUAAAAAUUCAUAAAUAUAAAAAUAAAAAAAAUAAAAUGUUUUCGUCUGUUUUAGAUCUCUCUUUAUUUAGUAAUCAGAAUUUCAUAAUUUAUGUUUGGCCUAGGAUACUCUACCCUCAGAAAUCUAAUAUCUGUGACAGCAGACGUCCCUAAUUGUAUUUUAAGUAGUACCUGUCGCUUUCUUAUCCGCCGAAAAGGAAAAGGACGGGUAAUAAAAAAAAUAUAAUUUUAUGGAAGCCAAGACAAUUUCAGGCAGAAAUCCUAAAUAAAAAAAAAUCUGUUAGGAACGACUACACCGAAAAAAAGAUCGAUAAAUAAAAAAACAUAUACGUUAAAAGACAUUUGUAACUCCACGUUAAAAGUGUAAUUAAAUAAGAUAAUCAAUUUGAAUCUUAUGCUCUAAGCCUUGUGAGUAAAAAAUGUAAAAAAAAGUGAGAUUAACAGUAUUCAUCAUAGUACUUACAUUUGAAUAAGAUUGAGUUGUAGAAACGUUGAUUCAUUAAAUGAAUGUGGGAAAAACAUUGUACACAUUGAAAGUAGGUACAGUCAUGAGCAAUAUAAUGUACCCACUUUAGGUCUCUGUCGCAUUAACAUAUUUGACAUUUAGUGAGACUUACAGUUCAAUUUGUCAAAAAAGUUAUUGUGACAUGGUACCAAAGUGUGUACAUAUUAAUGCUCGUGACUGUACAGCGCUUUAUUUUCUUAUACAAAGUAAUUUUCGAACAAACAAAUGCUAAUUUCCACCGUUCAUCAAUUCUUCUAUCUUGUGGGUUGUGAGGAGGAUUGCCAACCACAGCAACCCUGGUGUCAGGGUUAUUAUUGAGCCGCCAAAAGCCUCUGACAUGGCUCAUGUAACGAUUACUCACUUCAGUAAGUGUAACCGGGACCAUCGGCUUAACGUGCAUUCCGAAGCACGGAUCAUCUUUUUUUUUCGGACAAUCAGGUGAUCAGCCUGUAAUGUCCUUAUCAAACUAGGGAUCACAAAGUGGUCCGGUCCCCACCGCGAUUCGAAUCCAGGACCUCCGGAUCAUGAGCCCAACGCUCAACCACUGGACCACAGAGACCGAUACUAGAUUCAAUUCAAUUAUUAGAUUUGUGGUGUAUCAGAUUUUGAAUACGGUGCCAAGUGCUUUGUUGUUGUUUUAUGCAAGAAUCAAUCAUCAAUAUAAUAUCAAUAAAGUAUGUGCUAAGUUCUGAAUUCAAAUUGUGAUAGACCAUAAAUGUAAUAAUUGACGAACAUGGAAAUUAGCAUUCGUGUGUAUUCGGGAAUGCGAUGAUUGCUGAGAGAAAUUAAGUAAAUUAAAAAAAAAAUAUUGUAAUGCCAGCGGCAAUCCAGACAGAUUUUAAGACAGUCACUAGUUUAAAGUUUGGGCAUUAACCUAAAUAUUAAGUAAAUAUUACGUUCUAAAUUUAAUUUUUAAAGACUUUUUUUGAAGCGAUUGAUGAAUGUGGAGGAAGCUAGAGAAGUGUCAGGAUAGAAGCAAAUGGAAUUCUAUAGUCUGCUUACCCCGGUGGGAAAUAGACGUGAGUUUAUGUAUGUAUAUAUAUAAAUUUAAUUUUAUAAUAAUUUGUGAUAAAAUGUCUCGAGAAAACUAACAAAGUAAAGAAAAAUGGUCACCUUUUCAAAAAUGUUUGGAAUAAGAGUAGAAAUGCUUUAAGAAACGAGUAAUAUCUAUGGAAUUUUAAUGGAAUCGCAAAAGCAUGACGUCAUCAAACAUGGUCAAUCGUAUCUUUGUAAUGCUACCGUGCGCAACGUGAUAAAAUUAUCGACCGAUUCAAUAAAUUUUGUCGAUAUCGAUAAGUUUUUUCCCUAACACGCGUCCCACGUGAAUUUGUUCGUAUUUUGACAGAAAGACAUGACUUAUUUGGGUUCACAUAUUAGCAUCAAUCGACAAAACGACAAUUAUAUCGUCAGAAUCGAUAAAACGACCGUGACAAAGUUUAUCACGUUGCGCUUGUUAGCCCUACUGGUCAUCUACCCAAUUGAUUACAGCAAUGUAUGUAAUUGUACACCUACUGUUUAGUUUGAUAAAAUAGCAUUUAAUGCAUGGUAGGUGGGAGUCGAAAUGGAAACUUGGAAUAUUUUAUACUAAGGUAGAGGUCGGAUAAGGGAUAUAUACCCUAUUUAACGUAGCAUGGUUAAUUAGAAUGACAGCAGGACAGAGAUAUAGCACAACGUCUAGUGUGAAAGAGACGAGUGCUACGAUUUAUAAGGUAUAUCUAUGAAAAUGAAAACUUGUACGAGUAUGGGCUAGUAACCUGCUAAAAAACAGUUAAUAAUACACUUCUCCUUAAAAAAAUCGGAACACCUCGCAAGUUUAUGUUUCUUAAGGAUUAUCAGCGGGCCUAGCACCGUAAACGCACGACUCUUUCUCGCCUCGACAUAUGUCACCCGUCACUCUUUCAGACACAGAAAGAGACGGAUAAUCUCUGUCGCGGCGAGAAAGAGUCGCGUGCUUACGGUGCUAAGCCCGCUGAAAAAUAUUAAAUUAAGAAUAACAAAUAAAUGACAUGGUUUUAUUCCAAAUUCAAAUUAUAAAUUUGAUUAAACUCGUGUUUGUUGAACAAAUCGAAAGUGUUUCGAUUUUUUUGAUGAGAAAUGAGAACUUUAUGUAAGUAUCUUAAAAGAUACAAUUACCCAAAAAGUGUCAGCAAGUGUUUAUUAGAUUGCUUGUGGCUAUGCCUACUCUAAUAGGGGCUACGGGCGUGAAUUAUGUAUUAAAAAAGAGUAUAAUAUAUAUCGUUAUUUACAAUAAAUGUAGCUUUUGCAUAAUAUACAGUAUUGUACAUUAAUGUUGUCAUUUGAAAUCGUUAUUUGGAUAAUCCCUACAUUUUGGACUUUAGUAGAAAAUAAUAGGUAUAACGUUGAUGGAAAAAAUAGUCAAUAGGAUCUAGUACUUGAAGGGAACUUACGAGGCAUUUCAAUUAAUCAGUACAGAUAAUUUUGAUUGACAAAAAAAAAUGCUAAGAGAGCGCUUUUAUUUUUUCAAUAAUUGUAUUAAAUGGCAACCUUGUUCGCAAGUGACGAACUAAAGCUAACGCGCGGCCUGAUAGUUCAAAUAAAAUGAAGUUCUUAGACCUAUUUAUAAAAUGGCAAGAAGUAAUUGAAAAUACACGGAAUUGGUAACAAAAAGAUGUAAUAUUAGCUAGUUUUAGAAUUAUGACUACUUAAUGCUAUUACAAUUUAUUUCUUAAAGGAAACUAAACUAAAACUUCAGUGCUCAUUUUAAUGUGUUACCUUUUAUACCUGGCUGUGACUGUUCGCUUACAUUUAUUAGUUGUAAUUUAUGCUUUUGUAUUUAUUUAAUUUAAAUUAUUUUAUAUUGUUUGAAGUUAUAAAAUCAAAGACAAAAUAAAUAAGGAUGAAGCCAAAAGUGUUUGCAUAAUAUUGUUUUAUAUAAACUCAGUGGCGGCCCUAGCAAAUUAUUUAGGUGGUGCGAGACCUCAUAGUGGCACCCCUAAGCCCCUUAAAAUACAAAAUUUACCUGUUUAAAUCUUUUAAAAAUGUUGUUCACGGCCUGUAUGAGUUUUUAUCCCGAUGAAAUUAGUUUGCGGCCAGGGUGAACCAGUCUUGGCUGAUUUUGCCUCCCCCCCCCCCCCCCCCAAAUAUUGGCGCCCGGUGCGGUGGCACAACUCGCACCGCCCUAGGGCCGCCACUGUAAUAAACUUAGUUUUGAUAUAGUUGUAUAAUUAUAUUUUUUCUAUCGAUGUUUGUGUGUGUUAAUUAUUAUUUAAUAAUAAUGGUACUCAUUACUUCCAAAGUACAUCCGAGGCCUACGUAUUAAAAUGUGGACCUAAUAAAUGUCGUUGUGAUGCAAUCACUAUAAUGUACUUUUGGAACAGUUCAAUUAUGUAUUUAGCACUUAUAUAAAUAAUUAUGUGAAUUGGUGCAUGUUGCUUUGUUAUAAUAAUAUUACGUGAAGUCUUCUGCUCUUGUCGUUUAACUAUUAAAUUAUUACUUAUUAAAAAUUACAUUUUUAAUCGGAA